ACCACUUAGCCAUUGCACAAAUGGCCCAUUUCGGCGUUUCGCACACCAAUUGAAAUCGAACCACCGCCUUCUGUAUUUUCCAUCAAUUGCUUCUUUGUUAGUUCUGUUUUGCCGCCAUCCAAGGGUUCUGUUUUCAGAUUUAAAGGUUCAAAAAUUGAGGACUCCAGCCCCUUGAUAUAGCCGUGUUCCAUGCUUUUUAGCCUAGUAAUUCAGCUGGAAGUCCAAAUAUUUGAGUUACUUUACCUCAAGCUGAUUAGAACCAAUUUGUUACUCAGGAAUGCUUUCAAUGUUUGCCAGAAUCUUUCUUCAAAGGACUUCAAAGUCGUCUGCAUUCACCAACAGUGCCAGCACGUUUAGGUGUCUUAAAACUAUAGCACCUUCCAUUGACCAGUGCAGCAAUCCUUUCAGCAGCAAAGGUAGUUGUGGCAGAAGUGUGUCUAAUGAUGACUACUUUGCCACAAUCCAUCACAUAUCUAACAUUGUUCGACGAGAUAUUUACCUGGAGCGGACCCUUAACAAGAUGCAUAUUUCAAGUAUUGUUAACUCUGAACUGGUGUACCGUGUCCUUCGAAGUUGUUGCCAACAGGGUAUUGAAUCAUUUCGCUUCUUUAACUGGGCUCGGACUCAAAACCCUCAGUAUGAUCCAACUACCGUCGAGUUUGAGGAACUUCUUAAGACCCUUACCCGGACUGCCCAUUGGGAAACAAUGUGGAAAGUAGUCCAGCAGAUGAAAGCCCAAAAUAUUCCUAUCUCACCCUCCAUUGUUUCAUUCAUUAUUGAACACUAUGGUAAGCGUGGUCUGAUUGAUCAGGCGGUCGAGCUCUUCAAUCGGCUCAAGAACUUUGACUGUCCACAAACCACCGAAGUAUACAAUGCUAUGCUUUUCGCGCUCUGUGAGGUCAAGAAUUUCCAAGGGGCCUAUGCAUUGAUUCGGAGGAUGAUACGAAAAGGUACUGUUCCAGAUAAACAGACAUAUUCUAUUCUUGUAAAUGGCUGGUGUUCUGCAGGGAAGAUGAGAGAGGCACAAGAGUUCUUGGAGGAAAUGAGUCGAAAGGGAUUCAAUCCUCCUGUACGUGGGAGGGACCUUCUAAUUGAUGGGUUGCUCAAUGCUGGUUAUCUAGAAUCAGCUAAGGGAUUGGUGAGAAAAAUGACAAAGGAGGGGUUUGUGCCAGAUGUUGGAACAUUCAAUUCUUUGGCAGAGGCUAUAUGUAAAGCUGGGGAAAUCGACUUUUGCAUUGAGCUUUUCAAUGAUGUUUGUAGAUUGGGGCUUUGUCCUGAUAUUGAGACUUAUAAGAUUGUCAUAAGUGCUGCAUCAAAGGUAGGUAGGAUCGAUGAGUCAUUUCAGAUUCUUCAUAGGUCAAUUGAAGAUGGACACCGGCCAUUUCCCAGUUUAUAUGCUCCAAUUCUAAAAGCUUUCUUCCGGAGAGGACAGUUUGAUGAUGCAUUUAGCUUUUUCAGUGAUAUGAAGCUGAAAGGGCAUCCACCAAAUCGACCACUUUAUACCAUGCUGAUAAAGAUGUGCGCUCGUGGAGGUAGAUUUGUAGAGGCUGCUAAUUAUUUAGUAGAAAUGACCGAGUUAAAUCUGGUGCCUAUAUCACGAAACUUUGAUAUGGUCACAGAUGGAUUGAAGAAUUGUGGGAAGCACGAUCUAGCCAAAAAGAUCGAGCAGUUGGAGAUAUCUAUUAAGGGCAUCUAAAUUAUUGUUGGCUCUUGCUCAAGUGUUCCCCCUAUCACUGCGCUCGAGGAUGAUUAGAGUCCUAAAGUUGAAAAAGGCUGGUAUUCAGGUCGGAAAUGCUUGCUGGGAACUUUACCGUCUCGAGCACGGCAUUCAGCCAGAUGGCCAGAUGCCAAGUGACGACUGUCGGAGGAGGUGAUGAUGCAUUCAACACCUUCAGCGAAACUGGAGCUGGAGAGCAUGUCCCAAGAGCUGUCUUUGUGGAUCUUGAGUCCACUGUCAUUGAUGAAAUGAGGACAGGAACAUACCGCCAGCUCUUCCACCCUGAGCAGCUGAUAAGUGGCAAAGAAGAUGCAGCCAACAACUUUGCCCACGGCCACUGUACCAUUGGGAAAGAGAUAGUUGAUCUCUUCCUGGAUCGCAUCCAUAAGCUUGCAGACGACUGUACUGGUUUUCAAUUCUGUUGGUGGUGGUACUGGUUCAGGUCUGGGGUCACUGCUGCUGUAGCGCCUCUCAGUUGAUUAUGGAAAGAAGUCCAAACUUGGUUUCACAAUUUAUCCCUCACCACAGGUCUCAAUUUCUGUUGUUAAGCCUUACAACAGUGUCCUGUCAACUCACUCCCUUCUUGAGCAAACUGAUGUAUC